ACAAUCACACACUGUAAAUAACACUCGCGCCCCGAUUUUAAACGAAACAAACGCCGUCGGCUCUGUCAAUAUUAUCGGAUUUGUUCGCAUUUCUUUUGGUCUCUCGCUUGUCAGCAUGAUUUCCAGUGGGUUUAAAGUAAACGGAGCAAGAGGCUGUCUCAUCUUUAACCGGUAGUCAUGAACAGUGGAUACAUCUCUCAUCCCACCCGACAAUGUCAAAUAAACACCGUCAUCGCUAACAGUGCCACGAGAUCUUUACAACAAUAAUCGCUUUUCACUGUUUAUCUACAGUAACGUACGUCUAUAAGACGGACAGGGAAAUACUGGGAUAUUUAAACAUCAGCUUUUCAUGCAAGUCCAGCUCCUCCCUCUUUCUGAAAAGAUCAUGGAAGCGUCUUCUUUCUGGUCCCACUGACCCAUGACAGCUUUUUGAGAUUUGACGCUGUUCCUGUAAUCUUCAACCCACUUCUGCUAUGCAGCCAUGAGCUCUGCGCUAUGGAGUCAGGAAAAGCCAGCAGGCGGUUUCCGGGAUGACUGGCGCUUCUACAUCGUGGUGAAGGAGUGCACCGUGGAAAAGCCAGGCCAGAAGACCCUGCGCAUCCCACGCGGCAGCCUUGGCCAGGCAUGCCAGGAGCGCAACAGCCUCGGGCGCACGAUCCCGGCCAGCAAAGGUAAACGCAGCCUACGCAUCCUGGACCAAACGAACGUGGUGGUGAGCCUGGAUGAGCGGGAUGUGAUGGAGCUGGAGGAGAAGCUGGCGGAGCUGCUGUUUCCCAUAACCAACUGUGAAGAGCGUUACAGCCUGCUUUACAACAGAGCACGUCUGGACAGGGCCCGUGACAUCAACUGUGGAUCCAAAGUUAGAGUGCAGCUGAGAUCCGGCGAUGAGCCACUUCCAGGGGUUGUUCGCUUUAAAGGAGCCUUGCUUCCUGACCGAGCACUGAGUGGGAUCUGGUUCGGUGUUGAAUUGCUGGAGGAGGGCCGGGGUCAGGGUUUUACAGAGGGCUCUUAUCAGGGUCAGCAGCUGUUUCGUUGUGAAGAUGAAUGCGGCGUCUUCGUGGCAUUGGAUAAACUUGAGCUCUGGGAAGAUGAAGAGCUGGAAGUGGAUCGUGUGACUUUAGUGGAUAAUGAACCUGAAGUAGAAGGCGAUGUCCCACCACUGGAAAUUAACUCUCGGGUGUUGGUGCAGACACGGGAUGGCCCAGAACGGGGCACUGUAAUCUUCUGUGACGUACUGCCUGGCAACGAGAGUCUCGGAUACUAUGUUGGGGUUGAUAUGGACAAUCCCAUUGGAGACUGGGAUGGGAUCUUCGACGGUAAACUGCUGUGUAAUUUUGCUAGUCUUGAACACACCCGUCUCGUCCCCAUCUGUGAUGUGAUGCCAGAAUACUCAAUGCAGGAUCAGAGGCUGCCCAAAGUCUUUGGCUGCAGGAGCGGCAGCGACAAGUCUGGCAGCCAGAACAAACCAAAGACCAAAGGGCUAGGCCUGCAGCCUAGCAACAGGAGCAAGUCUGAAUUUUAUUAUACGCUUAAUGGCAGCUCGGUCGAUCAUCCUGCUCAGACCAAAGCCAAAAGCACAUGGUACAUAGAUGAAGUCGGUGAGGAUCCUGCCAAGUCCUUGACGGACACACCCCCAGACUUCAACCAGGCCUCAUCCCCUUCUCGAGCUCCGCCCACAACUGCCUCGUUAUCCAAUGAUAACAAGUUCCAUUCCCUGCCCUUCAGCUUGAGCCGCAAAGUGGGUCCCAAUGGUAGCAUGAGCCAAGGCCCCCUCUCCCUGUCUGCUGGCUCUGUGAUGGGGGAGCAGCAGGAGGUCGCUCCACCUGCAACCACACCCGUCCAGAGGCCGCCAUCUCCGCCACAAGGUCAGCCGGGGUUAGAGGUCGGGUCAAUGGUGGAGGUCAAAGAGAACCCACCGCUGUGUGGGGUUAUUCGUUGGGUUGGCCUGCCUCCAGGCCUGCAGGAGCCACUUGCUGGGCUAGAGCUGGAGGAAGAGUGUGUGGGCUGCACUGAUGGCACAUUUAAAGGGGUUCGAUAUUUCACAUGUCCACCUAAGAAAGCUCUGUUCGUCAAACUGAAGUGCUGCCGGCCUGACUCACGGUUCCCAUCUUUACAUCAUUCACCCAACCCCAUAGAAAGAUGCAACUCCAUAGCAUUCGGUGGUUACUUAAGUGAAGUAGUUAAUGAGAACACUCCUCCUCGGACAGAGAAUGAUGGCUUGGAGGUGAUGGUGGGGAAGAAGAAAGGAAUUCAAGGACAUUAUAACUCAUGCUAUUUGGACUCCACUCUGUUUUGUCUUUUCUCCUUUAGUUCUGUGUUGGAUACGGUGCUCCUGAGGCCCAGAUCCAAAACUGAUGUAGAAUAUUACAAAGAGACUCAAGAGUUACUGCGCACAGAAAUAGUCAACCCAUUACGAAUACAUGGGUAUGUGUGUGCAACAAAAAUCAUGAAGCUUAGAAGGAUAUUGGAGAAAGUGGAAGCAGCAUCAGGAUUCACUUCAGAGGAAAAAGAUCCUGAAGAGUUUCUCAACAUUUUGUUUCAUCACAUCCUCAGAGUUGAUCCUCUUCUCAAACUACGCUCUGCAGGGCAGAAGGUGCAAGACUGUUACUUCUACCAAAUCUUUAUGGAUAAGAAAGAUAAAGUGCUGGUGCCGACAAGCCAGCAGCUUCUGGAGUGGUCCUUUAUCAACAGUGACCUCAAGUUUGCAGAGGCCCCAUCUUGCCUUAUAAUCCAGAUGCCUCGGUUUGGGAAGGACUUUAAGAUGUUUAAUAAAAUCUUCCCAUCUCUUGAGCUUGACAUCACCGAUCUAUUAGAUGACACCCCUAGAGAAUGUCGGAUCUGUGGUUGCUUAGCUCUUUACGAGUGCAGAGAGUGCUACGAGGAUAGUGACAUCACACCGGGAAAGAUUAAACAGUUCUGUGAAAAGUGCAAUACACAGGUACAUCUGCAUCCACGGCGCAAGUCUCAUCGGUAUGUCAAGUUAUCUGUCCCUAAAGAGCUGCAGGAAUCAGUAUGGAGACAGGGUUCUUACCCUCACCAGCAGAUGGAGCUGUUCGCCGUGCUUUGCAUCGAGACCAGCCACUAUGUCGCUUUUGUCAAAUACGGAUCUGCAGACUCUGCCUGGCUCUUCUUUGACAGUAUGGCUGACCGUGACGUGAUCUUUUUUUUGGCAGGUGGUCAGAACGGGUUUAACAUCCCACAGGUGUCCCCAUGUCCAGAAGUAGGGGCCUACCUGAAGAUGACCCCUGAGGAACUUCACGCACUGGACCCCAAGAACAUCCAGGGCCAAGCCCGCAGACUUCUUUGUGAUGCCUACAUGUGCAUGUACCAGAGUCCCACCAUGAGCCUCUAUAAAUAGAGCAGAAGAAAGACGGAUGGAAUGGUAAAUGAAUCAAAAAGCAGAGGGAAUAACAGAGGAAUGAGAUGAUAGAAAGAGGGAACAAGAAGUUAGUACGCAAAAAAGGGCUGUAGUGGAGUAAAGUGUGACGCCCGAGACGACUGACGCACCCUCGAGAGUGAAUAACCCACGUACGGCUCCGGUUGUUUCAUCUUCUCUUCUGCAUCUCUCUGUACAUACUGCAGGGUAAAUACGUGCAUAAGAGAGACAUCACGAAAGAAAACAAGCUGUUUGCACUGUGUGAGAGCGUAUGUUUCGUGUGUGUCCGUUGAAGUGCUGUUGUUGUUUUCUCCUACCUGUGCUGUCUUUUGCUGAGCUCAAACUCUCAACAUGUGGAUCUGUGUAUCUCACACCCAUCCUGCCUUUCGUGCACAGAGAGGAUCCGCACUAUUUUCACCCUUUUGGCGUUUCGCAGACACUCACUAACCUCACCAUCUACCAGAACUGACUCGUCAACGGCAACACUUUCUUUCCCUGUAAAUGAAGUCGUGGAUGAAUGACAAACACAGGACGGUUUUAUUUUGCCUGACCUCCCUUGUCAUGUCCACCGGUCCAUCUAACUGCACUGCAGAACCCAGCAUUAAUUAUAGUACAGAUGCACUGUGUGUGUAGUCCCUGUUUAUUGCCUUUUUACUUGGCUGUGAAGUCUUUGUCUGGUGUGUCCACAUACAGCAGAGCCAUUGACUGCCACGCGCUGGUCACAAGAAUGAGGUGUUGAUAAAAAAGCACACAAAUAUUUUUGGAGUAUUUUUAUUUUAAACAUGAAGAGUAUUAUCGAGCUUUGUUUCGCUGAAAUAAUAACUAUAACUAAAUAUUUAACAGAAUUUGGGUAAACAAUAAAAUAUUUAAACAUGGAUAUACAUGCACAUACAUCCGGAAGAAAUUUAAUUAAAGGUGCAGGUCAGUUCUUGCGAGAUAAAAUAAUUAUGAUAUUCCAGAAAUAAAAUUUUUGCAAGAUAUGUAAAUGUAGCAGGACAUGUUACUGUUAAAUAAACGAUAUUCUUGUUUGUACAUGAAAGGCUCUGGUUUGAGUGUUGAACGCCGAGGCUGACUGGACAAGAUCUGUCUCGUGCUUUACCGCAGUGCUGUUGGCUAAUCCACAGUAACGCUGUCAAUCCAGAUACUGGUUUGGCGUACCGUGCACAAGGUUUAGUGGAUUGUUUACACAAGCCUGCUUAAAACAACUAAAGACUUCUAUCAGAAUGACAAAAGAGACCGAUGUACCCGGCACAUGUAUUGGGAUUGUUUUUAAUCUCUGCUAAUGUAACUGUACACUAUGGGAGAGAUUGUGUGUAACAGGCUGUAAUGGGAGAAAGAAUGAAGACUCGGUGUACUUGUGUAAAAUGAAGCCAGGUGGACUUUAUUAUCUUUGUGCUGUUCUCUUAAAUGUUAACUAAAUUAAAACGACAUUUUGAAAACA